AUGUCCAAGACCAAGUACGAGAUUCAAACCGACGCGUUUGUUAAAGACCUGGAAGAGGUGCCAGGCCUUUCCCAAGAAUUUGCCGUCUCAUUUUUGGAUGGUGGUAUAGUGGCACUGCACAAACGAGUCUUUGCGAAUGUAAAGAAUUUGCAACAGGAUGUGAUUUAUUUUGAGGAUUGUUGCAGCAUCAACGGACGAGGCACGGCUUCAUUAACCCAUGUUACUCCGGGGUCAUUCCUUCCCAAACAUCCGUCUAAAGUGGACCCUCUGAACGCCAAGACUAUACAGAAUCUCCCUUACAUGAAUCGGGUAGUGGUGUUGAGCGGCGGAGACUACUUAGAUAAAUCAGAAACUCUACUGCCCUCACCUAUGACCGACGACAAAAUCCAGACGUUUUGUAGAAGUGUGGUCAAACAGGAGCGACCGCGUGAGUUUUUAUCAAGCGCGUACGGGAUCUUGCAAGCCAUGGAUCAUGCCGUGCUUCCAAAUGUAAUGGACACCAUCUAUGAGCAGUACUUUCCUGACAUACCUGAAGGGGAGAGGAAAGAUUACCUCAUCUAUGUCUUUGGGACCGCCGAGGUCAUGGCCUCCUAUGUGAUUAGCGUGUACCCUAGAAAACUCGAGAUAAAGGGGGAUAGGUCUGCCAUCUUUGACCAGCAGAACAUAGAUGACACGGUGUAUGUUCAUCCUAGCACGCUCAGGGUUGCAAUGAAUAAUAAGCGAUUAAACAUCGAAGGAGAGCCUCUUGCCCUGGUAAAACCACUGAUCCACGGCACCAACCGCAGCAUGAUACGUAAGACAGAAAAGGAGGUCUUUGAUAAUAUCCUGGGGGUCACAAAAAGAGACACCGCCGUGGAAGAAUUCAAUAAACUACAUAGGGACGUGUUGUGUGUUGAUCAAUCGGAAUACACAAAGCUACCUAAUGAUCAGUUCUUGGCCAACCAGAUGGCGUCUAUUGUGCUUAGCCACUUUCAAACCCCCUUUAACCUAGAGGUUGAAGUACCUUCUCCAGAGGUAGCCCUCAAUGCCAGAAUGAACUUCGUUCUCAAGACUAUGAUUCGUUGCGAGGAAUCGUUCAAUGGCGUGGUAUCUGCCCACGACGAAUUGGCGGCAGCGGUGACGGGUCAAGUACUUUGCAACCAAAUGUCCCCCGGAGCCCUGAUGACGUACCGAGACGAUGGAGACAUCAGCAAUCCCAGCAAGCAGAUGGGUAGGUUGGGAACACAGUUUCCUUGGUUUCAAACCGACCGAACCAUAAGCCUGAUGAAUCGAGCUGGGUUUCUCAAGUACAUGGAUGAAAAUGAGAAGGAGAUGGACGACCAACAGCGCGCCAUGUCUGAAUUAGCAACUGCCAUGGACAUGACAUCGAUUCAAUUAGCCACACUGUUUGACUUCUACAACAUUUUUAGGGCGGAACAGUUCAUCAGCAAAACCCAACUGUUUCGAGAUAGUGGAAACCCUUUAAAACAAAAAGAUGAAGAAGAUCUCAAAUCCCAAACGGUGAAGAUGGGGCAGUCAAUGCUUAUUAAAGAACUGGACAGGCCCCCGCAGCGAAUUUUGGCUUUGUUAUAUUGCGACCCCAAUAUGUUCAAGAGGCUGUUCCUACAGUACGGGAUGUACCUGCUAGAGAACAAUCCCAGUAUGGGGCGCGGCGUGCCGAGCAUGAAGCACCCAAAGGAUGAUACAGAGGAAUGCAACAUUUGCAAGAUGCCUUAUUAUACCACGAUUCAGCCCACUGGUGAUGAAGGGAUAUCCCGGGUUGAGUUCUGCAUGUGCUACUUUCAUAUGAAAGUGGUGGGAAAGCUUACAGACAUUUUGGUUAACAACAAGGAGGCUGUGGGUCAGGUAGAAAAGCUGUAUGAUAUCAAAGAUUCCAAUCCGUUCUGUGGGCCAAUGACAUCCAUGAAGUUAUUGUUUGCCGUGAGGGCCGCAACCUCUCUGUCACGGAUCGGUGACUUUGGAGGCUGCAAACUCAAGCCAAACAAAGAAGAUGGGUUCGGGAUGCGUUUUAAGAGGAAUCAGAAAGCCAGAGAAAGGGGGCAAGCUGUGACAACAGAUAAGAGUAUCGAGGCACAUGGCACCAAUUCGAAUUUGGCAAAAACAUCGUCUCACACUGAAGCGGUCGAUAAAAAUAGCACGAUCAAAAAUGUCGUUACUGAGCAAACUGAACAGAACUCGUCCACGUCCUCCAGUGGUGGUAACGAUGGAGGUGAAGUAGCGGCGGGACCAGCCCCAUCUGAGAAUAGUGAAGCACAGAAGAGUGAUAGUUGGAUGGAGACAAUUGCAAUGAAUCAGAUCCUCGCAAAUGUUCGCAGAAACUUUCCCUCCAUGCUUUCAGAACACCAGUCGACUGUUGAGCCUGACGCCACGCCUUUCCUGAAUUACAUGAAUGAAGUUGUCAGAAAGCCAAUGACUCAAGAUUCUGGCGCCGUCGAGUGUGGUACGGUGAGACUGCACCCAUUAAAAGCCAUUGUCCAUGCUUUUACCACAGAUGCCCGUUAUAGUGGUGAGAGUACAGCACUUUUUGUCCAGCAUGGGAGCUAUACCACUUCGGGACCUAUCGGCACUGGGAGGGACUCGAGGAGUAGUCGGACUCGAGCUAGAGGAGAAAGCUGUUGGAGUGACACAUCGGCGGCCUCCGAGGCUAAGAACGGAAAUGGUAAGAGAGUAGCCGCUACUCUUGGUGAUGACGGAUUCAAAUGGCAAGAAGAUGGCACUGCUACGCAGGGACCCGAUGCCAAAAAGAGCAAGCUGCUUGAGGUGACGCUGAUGAAACAGGAGAUGGAGAGGUUUGUUCGCGCCGUCACUCACGCAUGUCUUGUGAAAGGAGUAAAGGAUAAGACGAUCCAAGAAAUGUCCAAAGACGAGUUGGUAAACAAGCUGUCACCUGAGAUUGUCGCCCACUUAAACCAAUGGGGGGCUCUGAGCAGGCAGGGAGUCAACGUAGGUAGACUUGUUAGCGACAUGUUUAGUCGCUACUUUGCUCAGGUGUUUUACCCAAAGGCAUCAGAUGGAGUGAUUGACAGGAUGCUCGAAUUAUAUCUGGAUAACAGUGCCACCACCAUCCGUGAAAUUCAUGCUGAUGUCGCCAAAACUCUGAACAUGACUCCAGAAGAAUUAGACAACAACGCCUUGUCUGCUAUUAGUCUAUUCUCUUCUACGGAUGGAGAGCUAGGAAGUUGGUUGGACCCCGAAACGUUGGGUUCAAGCAUCUUGAAACGAAGCGAAUUGUUUGCCUACUAUGCCUUGGUGCGAUAUCUAAUCAAUGUCAGGACCAUCGCCAACCGCCAGCCCCAGACCUUAAACAAGCAUGUCGUUGAACAAUACAUGACGCCCAAGGAAGCGCCACACCUCAAACGUAUCAUUGCCCAGGUGCCAGUCUACCUACCCAAGCAGGAUGCUGGUGGUACGUGGCGCUUGGAUGAAACGGCCUCCACCCAGCUGACAACCCGGGUCAAUGUUGGCAUGCCUCUGAACAUGAAAAUCGAAGUUGUACAAAGCAAUCUGGAUAUGGAUGGUAGGAAGAAAAGGGAAAUGGAUGAUGAUGGAUCUGGGGACAAACGCGGCUAUACAGAGGCGUCUGCCGAGACUCUGAGGCUAUCUAGUGGGCAGGCGGUGGCUUGUGAUGCCAGUAAGACGUUGAAGCCAUGGCCUCUCUUGAAGUAUUCGGAGAACCCGAUGAACAGCAAAACUGCCCGAGAACCUGGAAUUCUAUUCAAGGAUUUGUGCACGGCUGCCAAUAAUGUUAAAAUGCAUUGUUUGGGGUUACCUCAUACAGUGAAUCCAACCAUGGUUGAGAACGGGAUCAAGUGGUGUAGUCAGUACCUGGACCAACGCCAGGAUGGAACACAAAGGCAGAUGUUAACAGGUCUAAUUGAUGCUAUGAUGAGGGAUUUUGAGGCAAUGUUCGAACCAAUGCUGGAAGUCUUGCGUGUGACUAGGGCCAUCGUUAAAAAGUAUGAAAUUGCAGACGCGGCAGAGAAAAUCGGCAGGGACAUAGACACGCUAUCGAGUAAAAUUUACGACAGGAACAAAUUCACAAUCUCUCGCUUGAGCAGACUCUUCAGAAAGAAGCCUGAACUAAUUGCUCCUUUGCUGAUCAUGAUCACAAGUUCUGAGAUCUAUGGAGCGCCGAGAAAGCUUGAUAUAGCGCGCUGCGACAGAGAGUUUGAGCGUGACCACGACUUCAUCAAAGGGGUAGUGGGGAGCUGUAUACGACUGAUUAACGGUAAACCGGUCAGACCCAAACCAGGAGGCGAUCCCAACCCUAAGCCGAAGGAGAUGGACCAUGUGGCCGUUCAUACGACAUAUACAGGACAGAAUAUUCUCAGCGGAAAGCGACUGUUGACCGAAACGUACACAACGCAGAACAUUGCUCGCAACAUGGUGCUUUUGGCGCAGGUGAAUUUUACUUCCUACUACACACAAUAUACAAAUUCAGACAAGGCAUUCAGCCGAGUCAAGGUAAACGACACCUUUCGAAGGAACACUGUCACCGCAGCCCUUGCCGGUGUGCCCCCUUCUGGUACGCGGAAGGAGGUGAGUUUGGUGAUCACUCCUCUUGCUCACUUCCCUAAUGCCUGGAUGAGAGGAGUGGGCCACGAGCAAAUCCUGGCUAAAUUGCUAAAGGGAUGUACGAUUGGUGAGUUUGUCUCCAUCGUUUGGUCAGGGAAACCUAAUAUCAACAAAAUUGCCAGAUAUCUCCUCAAGAUUACGGGAGAAGUGCUGUUGCCGCGAGAUAAAAGCAACCCAGACAUCUUGCAUCCUAGCAUUGGAGAAGAUGAAGUUGGGAAGGUACUGACGGAACAAUUUUGGCCGAAAACGGACACGGAUAUUCCCGCGUACAAGUCUUUCUCUGAGAUAGUGCCAAGACUACACAAGAUCAUGCGUGGCCAAGACGAGCGUCCGGUGAUUGAAGAGACAGUCAACAUAUAUGAAGAAGAUGACGGCGAGAAUUAUGAUGAUGAGGAUGAUGAUGAGGAUAGGUUUGCAAGCCUGGCAGAGUUCAUGUAG